UUUUAAAAUUGACCAAAAAAAAAAACAACAAUUGGGUUACUUCACUUAAAAAAUUAGGGUAGACAAGACCAGGCCUGAGCCUUAAAUGAAAGGGCGGAGCCCUAUAUUUUAAACCAGGCUAAAUUUUUUCUCCAAACUCGGAACUCGGGCGGUAGCCCGGCCAUGAAACACAAGACACCCCGCCGCCAAACAAGCUUCUCACCUCUAUAGUCCACUACUGUCCCGGCCUCCUUCAGUGACUUGACCAAAAGCCCUCUCCUUCCGACGGACAAGGAAAUUAAAUGAGGUCAUUUUUUACAGCCUAAACUUCACUUACAACAUUUCUUCUGCUCGAGUCAUGAGAUAUUGUCUGCUCUCUUAGUGGUGGUGCGAACUGGCUGCUGCUCCACCGCUAUUUGAAACCAUUUUUCCGCGCUGCACAUCCGAGCCUCGACUCUGGAUUUUAGUCUGCAAGAAAUACAGCCAAGUGGGAAGCAAAAGCAACAUGAAGGGCAUAGCUAACCUUUUGCAAACAUGCAUAGACAACAAAUCUCUUCUGCUAGGCAAAGUCCUCCAUGCUUACAUUCUUCGCACCAACCUUUUAAGCAAUACUUUCCUAUGCAACCGUCUCAUUGAACUCUAUUCCAAAUGCAACGACCCAGCAUAUGCUCAUUGUACAUUCCACAAUACCCCUCAGAAGGACAUUUAUUCCUGGAACGCCGUUUUGAGUUUCUAUUGCAAAACUGGGAACUUAACUUUUGCCCGUAAAGUGUUCGAACAAAUGCCUGAAAGAAACGUUGUUUCCUGGAACAACCUGAUUAGUGUAAUGUUAAAAAAUGGGUACCAGGAAAAAGCUUUGGAUGUUUAUAAGCUUAUGGUUUUGGAAGGUUUUUUGCCCACCCAUAUUACUUUUGCUAGCGUUUUAAGUGCCUGUGGAAGUGUUUUUGAUUUGCAGCUUGGGAAGAGAUGUCAUGGUCUUGUCAUUAAGAUUGGUCUUGAUAAGAAUAUCUUUGUCUGUAAUGGGUUAUUGUCUGUUUAUGCUAAAUGUGGGGUUAUGAGGGAAGCUGUUCAAAUUUUUGCCGACAUUGAUGAACCUAAUGAGGUUACAUUUACUUCAAUGAUGGGUGGGUUAGGAAGGAUUGACGGGGUCGUUGAGGCUUUGGAGAUGUUUAGAAUGAUGUCUCGGAAAGGGGUUCGGAUUGAUUCCAUUUCAUUGUCUGCUGUUUUGAGUGUUUGUGCAAAGGGGGGAGAGUAUGAUGAAUUUGGCUGUUACGAAAAUGGAGAUAGAUUAUUACGUAAUGUUGUACUUGGAGAACAAAUACAUGGUCUUGCAUUUAAGCUUGGAUUUGAACGUGAUCUUUAUUUGAGCAACUCAUUGCUUGAUAUGUAUGCUAAGAAUGGGAUUAUGAAGAGUGCUGAGAUGGUUUUCCAUACUUUGGGAAAACCCAGUGUUGUGUCCUGGAAUAUAAUGAUUGCUGGAUAUGGCCAGAAAGGAAAUAGUGGGAAAGCUAUUGAGUGUUUUCAAAGAAUGCAGUUUAGUGGUUUUAAACCUGAUGAGGUUACAUAUAUUAAUAUGCUUGCAGCGUGUAUAAAGUGUGGAGAUGUUGAAACUGCACGUCAAAUGUUUGAUAACAUGUCAUGCCCAAGUGUUAUUUCAUGGAAUGCUAUAAUCUCUGGCUAUUCCCAGAAUGAGAAUCACAGAGAAGCAAUAGAUCUUUUUAGGGAAAUGCAGUUUCAAAGUGUAAAACCUGAUCGGACUACUGUGACUGUCAUCCUUGGCUCAUGUGCUGGAAUGGCCUUUCUGGAGGGUGGAAAACAGGUCCAUGCUGCCUUGCAAAAGGCUGCUCUUCAUACUGACAAUUAUGUUGCUGGUGGGCUGAUUGGCAUGUACUCAAAGUGUGGGAAGAUAGAAAGGGCAGAGCACAUAUUUUCUUCCAUGCCAGAGUUAGAUAUUGUCUGUUGGAAUUCUAUGAUUGCAGGUCUUACUCUUAAUUCUCUAAACAGAGAAGCUUUCAUGCUCUUUAAGCAAAUGCGACAGGGUAGAAUGUUGCCUACUGAGUUCUCUUAUGCCACAGUAUUGAGCUGUUGCACAAAAUUAUCUUCUUUAUUUCAAGGUAGGCAGGUCCACUCUCAGAUAGUAAAAGAUGGUUAUGAGAGUGACGUGUUUGUAGGCACUGCUCUUGUUGAUAUGUAUUGUAAAUGUGGUGACAUAGAUGGGGCACGGAAGCAUUUUGAUAUGAUGCCUGUCAGAAACAUCGUUACAUGGAAUGAGAUGAUACAUGGAUAUGCCCAGAAUGGAUAUGGAGAUCAGGCGGUUCAUCUAUAUGAAGACAUGAUUGCAUCAGGUGCGAAACCUGAUGCUGUAACCUUUAUUGCUGUUUUGACUGCUUGUAGCCACUCAGGAUUAGUAGACUUGGGGUUCAGGAUUUUCAACUCAAUGAAGAGUGAGCAUGGAAUUUACCCAGAAUUGGAUCAUUAUACUUGCAUCAUUGACUGUCUCAGCCGAGCUGGUCAUUUUCAUGAUGCAGAGCUCCUUAUGGAAAAGAUGCCAUAUAGAGAUGAUCCAAUUGUAUGGGAAGUUGUGCUUAGUUCUUGUAGAGUCCACGGUAAUGUCAGUUUAGCUCAACAGGCAGCAGAGGAACUCUUUCGCCUGGACCCUGAGAGCUCUACCCCUUAUGUGCUUUUAGCCAAUAUCUAUUCAUCUUUAGGAAGAUGGGAUGAUGUAAGAGUUAUAAGAGAGCUGAUGAGUGAAAAGCAGAUUGUUAAGGAUCCUGGUUAUAGUUGGACUGAACAUAAGGAGCAAGAUACAUGUCUAUUUGUUGGGUGAUACAUUUAUGGAUGGUCAAUGAGGCUUUUGACUACAUUACUCUCUAUUUUAGAAAUCAGUCAUUUGGGUUUUGUGGGCUGUGCCGAAGAUGCAACUAAAAUCACUCAAUAGAAGGCCAAGAUAAUGACAUGGGAAACCAAUGAUCUUCGCUACCAAAAUGAUUUGGCCAAACCAAUGAUCUUCGCUACCAAAAUGAUUUGGCCAUAGUUUGCUUAUUGUUUAACUUAUUUAUUUAUGUAAAAAGGUGGAGAAUGUUGCAGAGUUUUGAAGUGGAGGUUCAGUGGCGAAUCACACAAGAACCCACAAAAGAGCCCAUGUUGCCAUCCCCUGCUGCUCACAGGAUGGUAGUGCCUUUCUAAAGUGGAAAGCUUUAUGGAAACCAACAAGAAAGGAAAUUUGAUUGAUAUUGACGUGAAGGGGUUUUGGACUUGGAGAAACAUUUACGAGGAGGAGAGAGAAUCAUAUGUUACUCAAGCUGGAAACAUGAACUCAGCCUACAUCAAGGGUGUGAUUGAAGAGGAGAAAAAUAUUAUAAAGGUAACGGGGUUCAGAGUUUAUGAAUGUUAAUUCUUUUAAACUAUGUAUAGAGCGACUUAAUACGUUCUUGGCAUGAUUGGUGAAAGCAAACGUUGUGCUUUCAUAGCAUCAUGGAUGUUAAUCAUAGAACUUGUGUAGAUUCUUUAAAUCAUGAGCUGUUUGUGAAUUAAGUUGUUUUCUGUUAUCAUCUGAUGAAUAAGAGAGAGGUCUUAAGGCCUGAUUAUUCUGAA